UCAUUAAGAUGGACAGAUUAACAAUUGAAGCAGUCAUAAAAAUAGUUCUUACACAGGUGUGUACUCAGAUGGAUCUUAAUCUUAAUGAAAGAAAAACUGAAGAUAUCAUCAGGCGCAUUUUAAGUGAUCUCUCUCCUGAGGAGCGUAACUUCUUUAACAACCUAGCUACAGAGCUGAACUCCCGCCAAAGAAGAGAUGAUUACAAGAUUGAAAAUGCAAUUUUCGAUGGAUGCGACUUUACCGUCGGCUUUACUACCAAGAUAAAGGAUUAUAUCGCUAGACAGUCAAGAGAGCGAAACGGGGAUGACCCAUUUAACAAUG